GCGCUGCUCUAAGCAUGGCCAAAUCUCAGUCGAGACGUUGCUGCCUGUGCAUACUUGCUUUAGUGAUCUCUGCUGCCAUUAUUUGCCUAUGCGUCUUUUUAGCCAACAAAAACACAUGCGUGUUCACGCACGCUGCAAUAUCUGCGGAUUCGGAGAUGUGCUCCGACAUUGGCAGAGAUAUUCUGCGUCAGGGGGGCUCAGCGGUGGAUGGGGCCAUCGCAGCUCUGCUCUGCACUGGACUGGUCAACCCACAAAGCAUGGGCCUGGGUGGGGGGGCCAUCUUUACCAUUAUGGACAAAAUAGGCAAAGUGAAAAUCAUCAGCUCAAGAGAGACGGUCCCAAAAAGUGUCCGAGCGGAUUUGCUGAAAGACUGUCCAAAGACUUUGAAACUCACAACAGGAAGUCAGUGGAUUGGUGUACCAGGAGAACUCCGUGGAUAUGAACGAGCUCACCAGUUGUAUGGAAAGCUUCCCUGGGCCAAACUGUUCGAGCCCACCAUCAAACUGGCAAGAGAGGGCUUCCCCAUUCCAGUCUUCCUCAGCCGAUUCCUGCAGUUUGAUAUGAUUAAAAUGCUUAUUCAAAACUCUCAGCUCUGUGAAUUGUUCUGCCACAAGAACAAGACAGUUUUCGGCCCCGGGGACAUCCUGAAGUUCCCUAAGCUUGCAGAAACUAUGGAAACUAUUGCCAAAGAAGGAGCCGAUGCCUUCUACACUGGAAAAAUUGCCAAGGACUUGAUACAGGAUGUACAAGAUGCAGGUGGAGUGAUAUCAUUAGAAGAUCUAAAAGCUUUCCAGGUCAGAGUCAGUGACGCAUGGUCAGUGCAACUCGGGGAAUAUAAGAUGCAUUUUCCUCCUCCACCAGCAGGGGGAGCAAUACUCAACUUAAUCCUCCAACUAAUGCAUGGGUUCAAACUCUCUCCAGCCUCAGUCCAAGGAGACCAAAAUAACUUGACUUUGCAUCGGUACCUAGAGGCAGCAAAGUUUGCGACCGGACAGAAGCACAACCUCAGAGACCCCAUCUUCAACCCCAGAGAUAUGACAUACAUAACAGAUGAGAAGUUCAUCGAGAGUAUCAGGGCUUUGAUCAGUGAUGGCUCCACUCAUGAUGCCUCUUACUACAACAUCACCCCAUCAGCUGAUCGCUUUGGCACCACACAUGUUUCAGUGAUGGCAGAAGAUGGCACUGCUGUGUCAGUAACCAGCACCAUCAACCACAUGUUUGGGUCAUCUAUUUACUCUCCCAAGACGGGUAUUAUCCUCAACAAUGAGCUAGCUGACUUCUGUGGCCGAGCAGAUUCUGUCACACCAGGCGAGCAGCCUCCUUCCUCCAUGGCUCCUGCCAUCCUGCAGUCUUCCUCACAACAGAAGACACUGGUGAUUGGUGGAUCUGGAGGAAGCAUGAUCACCACAGCCAUGGCCCUGUCCAUUAUGAACCACCUGUGGUUUGGGAUGAGUCUCAACGAAUCUAUCGCUGCUAAAAUAGUAUUUGUGGAUUCCAAGAACACUGUCAAUUUUGAGCAUGGAUACCACAAGACUGCUAUAGAGGCAAUGAAAGGAUUAGGACACAAUGUGAAGGGCUAUCCAUUCUUUUUCAAUGUGGUCAACGCCGUCUCGAAAGAAGGACACUGCCUCAGUGCCGUAUCUGACGCCCGGAAGAAUGGCAGGUCAGCGGGAUACUGACCCACCCUUCAGCUACCCCUGUUUCUGCCCAUCAGCUCCUGAUCUGGUGUCAGCUGUUCGUGAAUACGGUGGUGAUUCAUUGGGUCCGGGAGGAAGUGAGGGUGAACGUAAAGGGUCAGCUAUCCCUUUCAGCAACAACUACAGACACAUAAAUUCAAACAUGGGGUGAUUGUGCAUAGUGAUGUGAAAUUAAAUCCGUCCAUGUCCACUUUUUAAUUACCUUUUAGGAUUACAGGUGUAAGAUCUGAGAGUGAAAUGAGGAUGUUUUUUAAUACAUAUUUUUAUUUUGUGUCUAGGAGAGACCAGGGCUAGUUUUUGUUUUGUGGAUUCUGUCCUCCAAACUCCAAUAUCAUAUUUUUGUGAACAUUAAACAUCAGUAAAUCAAUGUUAUACAUUCCGGUAAGGCUCAACCAUAUAAUGAAGGUAGAUUUAAACAAAAAGUUUGAACUGUGUUCUAAUGACAAUGAUUUUUAUUUUUUAAAUCAUAAAUAUCCGUUUGGGGCAAGUUGUAACAUUUGGAAAUGUUGGCAAAAAAUGUUGGAAUGCUCCCAAUUUGGAAUGCCCAAUUCCCACUACAUUGUAGGUCCUCUCGGUGGCACAAUUUAACACACGCCCAUUGAAAGUGAGAACCCCUAAUUGUGACCACGAGGAAGUUACCCCAUGUGACUCUGCCCUCCCUAGCAACCGGGCCUAUUUGGUUGCUUAGGAGACCUGGUUGGAGUCACUCAGUACGCCCUGGAUUCAAACUCGUGACUCCAGGGGUUAUAGUCAGUGAGCUCCGGCUAAAACAGUAAUUUGAUAUUUUGGUAACUCUUUACAAAAGGUUCCGUUCGUUAACAUUAGUUAAUGCAUUAGAUAUUGUGAACUAACAAUGAACAAUAUAUUUCUUACUGCGUGUAUAAAUAAUUGUUAAUAAGGGUUAAUAAAAAAUACAGUUGUUAAUUGUUAAUUCAAGUUCAUUGAGUAUUAACUAAUGUUAAUAUAUUAUUUUUAUUUUAACAAUGUAUUAGCAUAAUGUUAUUAACAUUAAAAAGUUGAAAUUAACAUUAACCAAGAUUAAUUUAAUGCUGCAAAGCUAAUGUUGACAAAUAAAACCUUACUGUAUUAGUGUUACCAAUAUUUUUGUAUGCUAACUAUAAUAUUUUGCUGCUGUUUCAUUCAUUGUUUGCUUCAUAUUAUAAAACAAUAACAUUGUUUAUAUUUUUUUACAUAACAGUUUUUCUGUUUAAACUUUGUUGAAAAGCCCACAAUAUAGUGGUGGGGCAUAUUGUCACAAAAAGUCAAACUUGUCAAACGAUAUGGACUGUAUCGUUUUUCCAGGGAGAUUACAGUGGAAAAGUUCAAUAGCUUUUUGUAGACAAAACUUUAAGAUAUACACCUAUGUAGAAAUGGACUAUCACAAAUAAUCCUACCCUGAGAAAUAUUCACUGGAGUAGAAAGUGUGACAACUAGCCCCUACAUCGUUUUCAGGUUUUGUACAAAGUAUGUUAAGGCCAGUAUGUAAUCACGCAACACUGUUUCCUGUGACAGCUAGUACAAAUGAACUUGAAUUAACUAAGGACAAAUAUCUCCCUUAAAAAAAUAAAUUGCUGAAUAUAACAGUUCUGUUUCUGCUGUUACUGUUAAUGUUGUAGGGAGAGACCGUUUUAAGGUCAAAAUGUGAAUGUUACAAUCCUGAAUGUGACACUACAGUUAUACAGCGUGGCAUUACAAUUGUAUUUCCUAUGUACAGUACAUGUGCUCUAGUUUUAUAUGCAACUUUUUAUAUUUUUCAUAAUGAUUCUAUCUAUGUUUUAUUUUUAUAAAGCUUUUCAAUAGGCUGUACAGUAGUGGCCAAAAAUAUUGGCACCCUUGGUAAAUAUUUGCAAAGAAUGCUGUGAAAAAAAAAUCUGCAUUAUUUAUCCUUAAAAAAAAAAAAAUAAAUAAAAAAAUCACAAAAAUACAACCUUUAAUUGAAGUACAACAAUUGUAAUAGGUGAAAUAUCUCAUUUUUAAAUAAAUAUUUUUCUCC